AUGAUGACGCUCCGUGGUUUCUGGUUCGCGAUUCACAGCGCAUACCCACAGGGAGUAAUGACAUUGAGCGGCGCAACAUCUACUGUCCUCCAUCCUUCGCGUGGGCAUCGGGGGCCGGAAUCCGCAACUGUGAUGGACAGAGAUGGGGCUGAGUGGUGGAAUAUGUCGAGAGAAUUGUUAGUCGCGAACAGCGCUGCCUGCUGCUCGCUCGCAGUCGACAGCCGACCGGCGGCCAUUCUCCUCGCACGUGUUGCUUCAUCCUCAGGCUCACCACAUCGUCUCCGGGUCGACCUCUUCGCGCUUCGCCCACCCACCUGCUCCCUCCACUCCCGGCUUCUACGGCUUCUCGUCUUCGCAAUAGACUUCGUGGCGUCGCGCGACACGCUGCGGCGUGGCGCCGGCGGGUGUAUUGCAAUUUGGCGCGGUCGGGACAGCCUUGCCUUGCUGGACUUAUCUGGCAUAUCCCAUGCGGCAUGGAAGAGAUUCGCAAGGCGAUUGCUGCAAAGCGCCGCGGCGUAUGAACUGUAUUCAUGUUGCCAUGACGCCAUCACGAAGAAUCUCAUGAAGAAGAUCUGCAUGUCUCGCUCGCGCUCACCUUGCGUGCGCUCACCCUUGCAACUCGCGCGGACUCAACGGUCUGAGCUUCGGCCGUUGUUCAGCGAGCGUACCUCGGAGCUCGCUCACGAAGUCUCCCUCGUGUCUGCCACCCACCAGUUGCACGUCGUCGAGUAG